AUGUUUGGAACUAUUUGUUCAUUGUCAAUUAGAAAUAGAAUUAUUGUAGAUAGAAAGAUAUCAUCUUCUAUUUUGCGUUUAAAUCUUGAAAGAGAAGCAAAGAAAAAUCGUAUUGUUGUAACAAAAUCUGGAACCGUUCUUUGCUGGCAUCCUGAACAAGAUUUUCCCUAUGAAAAUUCAUUACCAAUAAAGAAAGAAUCUUCUAAUGCUACAAGCCCAUUAUUAGAGGAAUUAAAAGAAAAAUAUCCGUUAAAAAUUUCUACUGAUAAAGGUCCAUCAAAUAAAGUACUUCAGGAGAUGUUUUAUACUAAUAAAAACGAAUGGUAUACAAGAACACGUGAAGAUAAACUUUAUCAGACAUCUGCUAAUUGUUAUUUAAAAAAAAAUGUUGAACGAUGUUAUUUAUUAUUACAAGAACAUCAUCCUGUGUAUACAGUUGGUAUUCGUAAUCAUUUGUAUUCAACUGAAGAAGAAGAAUAUUUAAAAUCUCUAGGUGCUGAAUUUCAUCGUGUUGGAAGAGGAGGACUUAUAACAUUUCAUGGACCAGGUCAAAUUGUUGGUUAUCCAAUUAUAAAAAUAUCGUCUUUAAGUGUAACUCCAGACGUUGAAUAUAAAAAUUAUAAUGUUGGUGUUAAGAGAUAUAUUUAUCUUAUAGAAAAAACAAUUAUAGAAUUAUGUAAAAAAGAUUUUAAGAUAAAUAAUGUUAGUAGAUCAAAAAUAAAUCCUGGUGUUUGGAUUGAUAAUGAAAAACGUAAAAUUUGUGCUAUAGGUGUUGGUUUUUCUCAUGGUAUAUCUUAUCAUGGUUUUGGAUUGAAUUGUGAUACUGACUUGAAAUGGUUUAAUGAAAUUACACCCUGUGGUUUGAAUGAAAAAGAAGUAACAACAAUAUCUAAUGAGAUAAAUAAAAAUAUUACUGUUAUAGAUGUCUUACCUAAUUUAAUCAAAAGUAGAUUUGCGGAAAUAGAAAGAUAUUUAAAAUGGGUAGCUUAUUCAUAUAGUAAUAUAGCAAAUCUAAAAACAAUUGGAAUUACUUAUGAAAAAAGACCAAUAUAUGUUUUGGUGAUUGAUAUUGAUAAAAAUAGAAUAAAAAAAGACUAUUUUAUUAUUAGUGGUGUUCAUGCAAGAGAAUGGAUAGGUGUUUCGUCAACAUUAUUUUUUCUUAAUAAAUUCUUAUCUAAUAAUAUUAAUAUUUUACAACAAUAUAGAUUACAUAUAAUUCCUGUUAUCAAUCCAGAUGGUUACGAAUAUUCUAUGGUAGUAGAUAAUUUUUGGAGAAAAAAUAGAUCUAGAAGGCAAUGUUUGAAGAAUGGAAAAAUUUCAAAUAUUUGUUGUAUUGGAGUUGAUCUAAAUAGAAAUUUUGAUUUUAGUUUUAAUAGAAAUGCAGAUCCAUAUGAAUGUUCGGAAGCAUUUCCUGGAUACAUUUCAAAUUCAGAAGCAGAAAGUAGUGCAAUGGCAAAGUAUGCACUUUUAAUAAAACCAUAUAUUGUUUUAGAUUUUCAUUCAUUUGGAAAUCUAAUAAUUUAUCCAUAUGCUUUUCCUGAAUUUGUUUUUCCUUCAUCUAUGAAUUAUUUACAUAUUAAGGGAAGUUAUGUUGCAAAUCAAAUAAAAAGAAAGUAUAAUCAAAAUUAUAAAUCUGGUCUAGCAAAACAAUUUUUAAAUUAUGGAGUAUAUGGUUCUUCUAUGGAUUUUUAUUAUGGAAGAGUAGGAUCAAAAUAUUCAUAUGUUAUAGAACUUGGUACAUAUGGAUUUCAUCCACCAACUAAUAAUAUUGAAAUGAUGGGAAACAUCGUUUAUGAUAUGAUAUGGAUGUUUGGAACAGAAUAA